CUACUUGCUAUCGUCCCACUCAUCGCCCCACUCGCCAUCCACGUCUGCACACACACAGGGAAGGCGCCACACACAUCCAAUUGAGACCCAUGCCAUGGACACAACACACAUACAUCCCCCACUGCCGGCCCGCUGGGGCGGCGGCAGCAGGCUCUGAGUAAUCCGAUCGCUUGGCCUUGGCGGCGAAGAAUGCCCUGCGUCGAUAUGCGGUGGGGGUCGGUGGGAUGAUGUGCGGUUUGGUUGCAUACUUGAGUUUGCGUCUCUCUUUGGCCUUCUUGUCAGCCUGCAUCUGCUUCAUCUCACGCAGCAGCAACUUACUGCAUGCAGCCCAGCGCACACAACACAAACAAAGAGAGAGACAUACCAUCAAAGUGCGGUCGCUUUCGCCCUUUUCCGCCCCGUCUGUCUGUCUUCCUUCCCUCAGGCACGCACCUGAGUUUUGCGUCGGUUGGUGCGAUGUCUAGUGCUAUGGUGACGUCCUUCUUGGCCUCAUCGAAGUCCUUUGACUUCCAGAUCGUGCUGGACCAGGUGGGGGUCGACGGUGCACCGACGGAUUGUCAUGGCACGCCGCCUGCAUCCAUCCACAGACACAACAGACACACAUGAUGUGGCGUGUUGGCCGUUCUUGUGCCUGCCGACGGGCAUACCUCAUUGAGUUUGCAGAGGGUAGCCAGGCGUUUCUGCUGCUUUUCGAUGUCACGGUUGGGCGCCAUAAAGGAGAGAGACCCCGCUGCCCGCGUGUAGUGUCGAUGCUUGCCCUGUCAGCAUCACACCAUCACACCAACACACAAUAGAUGGGUGUAUCUUUCUACUUUCGAGUCGCUGUUUUGCCUCUUCUGUGGUGACAAUGGCCGGCGCUGCACACACACACAGACGGGGAAUUCACACACACACACACACCACUCACUGCCCCUCACCGCCGUCGCCACCAUCCUUGUCCUCCCCCUGUUGGUUGAGCACCAUGUUUGCGCUGGUCUUGCCCAGCUGGCCCAUGACAGACGGGGCGGUAGUGGGCCGGCGGUCCUUGAAUGGCGCCGAUGCGUCACCCACUGGUGGCUCAGUGAUGACGACACACAU